CGCCUCUCCGAGGAAGCGAGCGGGCGAACGCGCGGCGCGGAUUGAGCCUGUGCGGCUGCCGUCCGUCGCGUCGCCUCUUGGGGGGAGAGAAAGGCGCUGCUGCUCGGCUCCCUCCGCUCCUCAGGAAACAGACCCGGCGGCGGCGGCGGCGGCGGCUCGGCGAGAGAGAUGGCCGAUUACUGGAAAUCUCAGCCCAAGAAAUUCUGUGAUUAUUGCAAGUGCUGGAUAGCGGACAACAAGCCUGUAUGAUGAUCUACCUUCUGUACUCUUAAGUGAAACUGAAAGUAUUGACUUUCAUGAACGAGGAAAAAACCAUAAGGAAAAUGUGGCUAAAAAGAUUAGUGAGAUUAAAAAGAAAAGUUUGGAAAAGGCAAAAGAAGAAGAAAAAAUGUCAAAGGAAUUUGCAGCCAUGGAGGAAGCUGCAAUGAAGGCUUAUCAGGAGGAUUUGAAAAGAAUUGGUGCUACGACAGAAUCUUUAGGUCAGAGCUCAGCACCAAAAAAGCAUGAGGAAAAGAAAGAAAAGAGAAAGAGAGAGAGAGAGACCACAGAAACAUCAUCAGAUGAAACAAAGGAAUGGGUGCGAGGAUUUUCUCCAGAAGGCUAUAUGUAUUACUACAACACUAUAUCAGGAGAAUCGCAGUGGGAGAAACCUGAAGAAUUUCAGGACAACCUUCAAGAACUCCAAAAGACAGCACAGUGGAUGGAAGGAACAAGUGAAGAUGGUCGCACCUAUUACUACAACACAGAAACAGGAGUAUCAACCUGGGAGAAACCUGAUAAUUUUGUGUCUCCUUCAAAAGAGAGUCAAAAAGAAAACCAUCCUGAAGACAGCCGAGAAAUGGAGUCAAAGAAAGCUAAAUCAGAUGCAGGGAAAGCAGGCAGGAAAAGCGAACUGCAAAAGCCAAAAAGAAAUCUCCGGAGGAAAACAGAAAGUGAUGACGAAGUAGAGGAAAAGCCUCACAGACGCAAAAAGAUCAGCCCUUAUGGGGAAUGGCAAGAAGUGAAGCAGGAAAGCAGUGAUAUAGAGGAUGUACCAGCCGUUCGGCAGGAAACCUCUCAGGCAGCAUCUCAAAGAGUCAAACCUUACGGGGAAUGGGAAGAAAUCACAGAAGAUAAAGAUCCAUAUGAAAAAGUAGACUUGGAGCUUCCCAACAUGGAAAGUGACUCUCUGCAAGCCCCAGUUCUGGAAGCCCCAGAAGAUGCCAAAGUGAUAUUUAAAGAAAAAACUGUCACUUCUCUUGGAGACACAACAGAGGGAAUACCAGUUUUCAAAAAGCGAAAAUUUGAAAAUGGAAAAUCUAGAAACAUACGACAGAGACUGAAUGAUCACUAACAGACUAACUGUACUGCAGUGGGGUGUGUGUUUUCGCGGAAGAGAAGAGGGGGAAGAAAACAAAAUAUUUUAAACUAUUUCUUUGACGGAAAUGGUUGGAAAUUAGAAGCUUUUAAUUCUUCCAAGUUUAUUGGGUGUAAAUUGUAUUAUACUACUUGUUUUUGAAGUGAUACUAAUUUUGUUUGCUAAACAAAGGUUUUUUUCCUUUAUGCAGUCAUCUAAAUAUAUUUUUUUACAUACCUCAUCA